GCUCCGGAGCCCAGACCAGCAGGAGCUGAAGAGAGCAGAGGCAGCAGAGGCUACGGCAUCAGCAAGGGUCCGAGUGGCUGAACCCUGGUCUGCGAGUGGAUUGAAUCUUAGGCUCAGCGGGCUGUAUCUGUAUUGGAGCCCAGAUCCUAGUCCUGACCCUGUCUGUGUGUGAGUGGACCCCAUCGCGUUGGACGCGAUGACUCUGAACGGCGGUGGCAACGGAGCUGGCGGGAGCCGCGGUGGGGUCCGGGAGCGCGAGCGCCGUCGGGGCAGCACCCCCUGGGGCCCGGCGCCUCCGCUUCACCGCCGUAGCAUGCCAGUGGACGAGCGAGACCUGCAGGCGGCGCUGUCUCCUGGAGCCCUGGUAGCUGCUGCGACUGGAACCGGGCCCCAGGAUCGGAGGCUGGACUGGCCAGAGGGCUCUUCCGACUCCCUCAGCUCAGGGGGCAGCAGUUCAGACGACAGCGUUUACAAGGUGCUGCUGCUAGGGGCUCCAGGCGUGGGCAAGAGUGCUCUGGCGCGUAUCUUCGGUGGUGUAGAGGACGGGCCUGAAGCAGAGUCUGCAGGGCACACUUAUGAUCGCUCCAUCAUGGUAGACGGAGAAGAGGCAUCACUCAUGGUCUAUGACAUUUGGGAGCAGGAUGGUGGCUGCUGGCUGCCUGGCCACUGCAUGGCCAUGGGGGAUGCAUAUGUCAUCGUGUACUCAAUAACUGAUAAGGGCAGCUUUGAGAAGGCCUCAGAACUUCGGGUCCAGCUGCGACGGGCACGGCAGACAGACGAUGUGCCCAUCAUCCUUGUGGGCAACAAGAGUGACCUGGUGCGCUCUCGUGAGGUCUCCGUGGAUGAGGGCCGGGCCUGCGCUGUGGUCUUUGACUGCAAGUUCAUCGAGACAUCAGCAGCACUACACCACAAUGUCCAGGCACUGUUUGAGGGUGUUGUGCGCCAGAUACGCCUGCGCAGGGACAGCAAAGAGGCCAAUGCACGACGGCAAGCUGGAACCCGGCGGCGGGAGAGCCUUGGCAAGAAGGCAAAACGCUUCCUGGGCCGCAUUGUAGCACGCAACAGCCGCAAGAUGGCCUUUCGUGCCAAGUCCAAGUCCUGCCAUGACCUCUCAGUUCUCUGAGACCCUGAAGGCUCUCACUGAGGUGGGCAGAUGGAUGGGUUGGUGGGCUGGCCCAGCCAACCGCCACUGGUACCUCAGGGCUAGCUCACUUUCUACACCCUGUGGAGCUGCCAGCUGGGCAUCCACCAUGGGUCAUGGACAGAAGGACCGUGCUGCCCCGGGAGRCAGUUCCCAGUGGCUGGUGAGGGCUGGGCCCACAGAUGUGCAUGUGCAGGCCCACGUAUAUACCAAGCAGCAACCUGAGCCCAGCCAGACCCGUGUGAGGGGACAGGACCCUGCCUUUCUUCUUUGUGCGUGCCUUGGAAGGAGGCUGUUAAGUGCAGUUGCUAUUGUUUACAUGGAGAUUUUUGUAAUAAAGACUUAUUUCCUGACA